AUGGGUAGCGUAAGUUCGUCUUUGGACGAACAUCCAACUUUAUACAUAAGAAAUCCUAGUCGAUUUCAAAUCACGGAAAUUUCGAUAUCAAAUUCCGUCUACGACCCCUACAUAACGUUUCCUGUCACGUCGGCUGGUAUUGCCGCUAUUCCAAACUCUAUAGAUCUGCUGGAAUUUACUCAAGACCCUAACGUCAAAUCAAUAUCUCCAAAUAAGUUUCUGCUUAAAUUAGCUAAAGACAAAUGUUUGGAGUUAAAGUUUAAAUUCAACAUAGGAGAAGCAGAUGGAAAUAAAACUUAUGUUAAAGGACUUACAUUCAUCAAUGUUGCUAGUGAAAAAGAACUAGAAAGAAUAGUAACUGUUGAAUUCAACGAUGACCCCAACUUGCAUAAACAUCCAAAAGUAACGUUAGUUGGAAAUUAUGAAUCGAAUGGAAUAAAACCUUUAGAAAUGGAAUGGUCCUGGAUGUGGUCAGCUCCACAUAACAUGGACGAGGUUCAUCGAGGGUGGCGAAACUAUUGCUGUUUUGCCGAAUACGAUGCGAAAGAUAAUACUUUCCAAUUAUUGGCAGCCUUCACAUUUUGGGUCGCUGAUAGCCCACGAAGUUACCAUCAUCGAGCGUCAAAAAGCACAGGAUCCCUCGACGGAAUGUCAUUUCUUACAGGAACAUCAUCACUACUUCCAUCUUCUACAUCUACUCCAUGGUCUCUCAAUCUUCCACGCAGCGUUCGUCCAUCAAGUCCAGAUACGGUAUAUCUUCCAGUCCCGGGCAUGUCAUCACACACAUCUGGGACCGCUUCCUCAAUUUCAAGUGGAGGCAGACGUUCAUCUGAUGACUUAAUGUUUCAACAUGAACCCGAGGAUGGUCCGUUAUUUCGUGCCACCCUUUCAUCAUAUGAAAAGAAAACAGGUUCAUUAAGACAAUAUAUAAAACGUAUACUUAAGACAGCAUCUGCAGCUCAUGAAGCCAUGCUGGACAGUCAUGAUGCAGAUGAAGAACUCAUGGCAGCCUUAAGAGCAGCUGCAACUGCGCAUCCUCAAGCAUUUCAACCAGUUUUAGAUAGCUAUUUAGAAGAUGCUGCUAAAAAAAUUGCGACUUUCAGAGAAAGCCUUGCAAAUCAAAUGUCUAUCCUUCUUAUCGAACCUCUACGAAAAAUGUAUGAAAAUGAUAUCAAAGUAGCUGAUAGCAAAAAGAAAGAAUUCGAGGAUGAAUCUCGUGAUUAUUAUCAGUUUUUAUCUAAGUAUUUGUCCAUGAAAGUUGAUUCCGCUAAAGAGAAAAAGAAACUUGAGACUGAUUCAAAGUAUCAAAACAAACGAAAAACUUUUGAAUUGAAGCGAUUCGAUUAUUAUGCAUAUAUGCAAGACUUACAUGGAGGAAGGAAAGACCAGGAAAUUUUGUAUCAUUUGACAAAUUUUGCCGAAAAACAAUUUGUAUUUUAUCAACAAACUGCCAUGAGUAUACAAAAUUUGAAACCAGGUUUAGAUAAACUAGCGGUUGAUGUUGCUGAGGCAACAAAGGAAAUUCAUCUAAUGAGGAAAGAGAGAGAAGAAAGGCGUAGAGCAUUGGAGACUCGGGCAAUAACUGGGAGCCCGUUCACAAAUGAGUCUUUUAAUGAAGGAGAGAAUUCAAAUAAUUGUAAUGGAAGUGUUUCUACGGAUAAUACGAUCGACAAUGCAGAAAAUCAAACGACUCAUAAUGGAUCACAUAAUACGGUACAAAAUAAAUUCAAAGGAAUCCGUGAUUUGGAGCAACAAGGCACUGAAUCUGCAUCAAUUGCUGGAAGGAGGAAAGAAGGAUUUUUGUUUGCUACAUCACGAGCAACGCAACAUGGAACUGUUGAUCCGAUCGCAAAAAAUAAUUGGCAUAAAUAUUGGUGCGUCUUGGCGGGAGGUCAACUUUGCGAGUAUAGCAAUUGGAAAAAACAACUUGAAACACACAACGAGCCAAUAAACUUACGAUUCGCGACCGUAAGAGAGGCAAGAGGUGCCGAUCGUCGUUUUUGUUUUGAGGUUAUAACACCUCAAUAUCGACGUAUUUAUCAAGCGGUUUCAGCUGAAGACAUGAAUUCGUGGAUAGCGGUAAUUUCUAAUGCUAUUGAGAGUAUUCUUAAUGGGACUAGCAGCUGUCGUAACUUGGAUCAGGUUUUGACACAAGACGUUGAUAGUACAGGUGCUGGAACGUUGUUUACCAGAAAAGCUAUCCAAAGAAGGGGAACAUUACCAAGUUUAUCUGAAAGAAGAAAAUAUGAUAUGAAAAAGGGCACGCCAAUGUUAUCCGAAGAGCCAAUUAUAAAAAUGCAAUCUAAGGUUCGAAACCGUCAGGAAAUAGAAGACAAUGCAAACUCUUUAAGAAUUCUUGAAUCUAUCAAAGGUGCAGAUAUAUCAAAUAAUUCUUGUGCAGACUGUGGAGCUCGUAAGACAGAAUGGUGCUCAAUAAAUUUGGGAAUUGUUUUAUGCAUAGAGUGUUCUGGAAUCCAUCGUAGUUUGGGCACACAUAUUUCAAAAAUAAGGUCGCUUACUUUAGACACAACUUCUUAUACACCUGAUCUUGUUCAAUUAAUUAAAUCGAUCGGAAAUGCACAUUCAAAUGCUAUUUGGGAAGCUACGCUUUCAAAAAAAGAUCAACUUACGGAUAACUCGCCUAUACCACCUUCAAAGCAUGAUUCUCCGCCACCAGUUCCACCAAAAUUUGACACCGAUACUCGCGAAUUUAAACAAAAAUUUAUUACAGCCAAAUAUGUCGAUCGGGCAUUUGUAGAUUUUUCACUUGUUGACGAGGAUAAAACGGCGACGGAUCUUCUUUUCCAGGCUGUGAAAGUAAAUGAUAUACCUUUAGCAAUGCAAGCCAUUGCAUUAAAAGCUGAUGUGAAUACUGCACGUCGGUUCGAAGUGCAGGAAGAUCACGGAUUGAAAACACCAUUAUUAUUGUCGUUGCUCCAUAUUGAACCUUCGAAAAUAAUAACAGAAGAAGGGAAGACCCUAUUUCCUAUGGCUGAGUUAUUAUUACAAAAUGGAGCUCAAGUUGAGAAAGUCUUAUUUGACAAUCUCGAAGAUAUGCUUGGUGUAGCAUCCCAGCCUAUCAUACGAAGUUCAGCAAAGAGUGUUGGGACAUGGGCAACAGAAGUUGUUAAUGAUAUGAAGAAAUCAGGAAAAACCAUUCUGGAUGUAGUGCAAUCAAGUGGAAACAUCGCAGCGAUAAGAUAUAUCACACCAAAAGUACUUGCUAGAGGAACUCCAAGCGUUACAAAUUCUUCAUUAUCCACAACAAGUACUGGUGGUGUAGUAAACGGCAACGCUUCAGAAAAAAAGUCUUCAUCGAACAUAGGUCGUUCCAUAUCAAUAUCAGUUAAGAAU